GCGUGAUGACAUGACAUUGACGCAGUGGGUAAGGUCGCUCAAGGUUGGCUUGGCCGAGUUGUGGAAUCUGGCUGGGGUCACUUCCAACUUUCCAACACGAGCAACCUGCUGAACCUCACACUACCCCACCUGAAACCUUAUAAAAACGACAAACAUCUAGAGCUGCCGUAAAAUCGGGCUUGAUCCCUACGGUACCCGAGGUAGCAUGACCGCGACCAUAAGACCCUGGACCAGAAUAAUCGGUGCAUUCCAGCCUACAGCUUUCAUCCGGCAAUCGAUAGUCCCUCGAUCAUCGGUGAGAAUCAUGGGAAUGAACAGCAAUACGUCCUCGUCGGCCACAACACCCCCGUCUCAACAAGACACCAUUUACUUUGGCCCGUUCGAAGUAACAAAACAGGUCUUCCUCAAAACACCACACUCCUUCGCCCUCGUCAACCUCAAGCCGCUCCUGCCAGGCCACGUCCUCGUCUGCCCACUGCGCCCCCACCGCCGCCUGACCGACCUUUCAAUGGCCGAGCUGACGGACCUUUUCACGGCCGUCCAGCGCGUCCAGCGCAUGCUGGCCCGCCACUACUUUGACCUUCCAUCUCCUUCUUCCCAGGUAAACACCCCUGAUGGCGGUACCACCAGUACCUCAACGCCAACGCCUACAACGACGACGACAACCCAACAACAACAACAACAGCAGCAGCAACAGCAACAGCAGCAAGCCAGCGAAAAGCUAGUAGCAGACGCAGACGCAGGCCCAGUCGAACAAGGCGGUUCCUUCAACAUCGCAUUACAAGACGGGCCCGAGGCUGGGCAGACCGUCCCACACGUGCACGUGCACGUGAUCCCGCGCAUCCGCGGAGCGACGGCCAAGCCGGUCGAGACGCCGUCCGACGCCAUCUACGACCAGAUGGCGGCCGAGGAGGGCAACGUGGGCGGGGCGCUGUGGGAUCGCGAUUAUCUUGGUGGUAGUAGUAAUCAUGAUCAUGAUCGUAGGAGCCAUGGGUCUCCAAGUCUCGGGCAUGGACAGGGACAGGAGCAGGUUGGGUAUGGUCGGGGUCAGGAGGAUGGGGUUGGGGAAGGGGAUUUGGGAAUGCACACGAGGCCUGUGCCCGGGGGCAGUUUCCCCAGUAUUGAGGACGCGAAUCGGCUGCCAAGGAGGAUGGAGGAUAUGGAGGCUGAGGCUGCCCUUUAUCGCGAGGUGUUAGAGCGGAUGGAGCGGGAGGCGUCGUGAUGCUGAAUUAUCGUACAAUGCGCGAAUGCGUACGAGGUGGUAGAGCGGGGGGGUUCAGGAGUUAGGUUGAGGAGGUGCUAUAACUACUGUUGGUGCUAGAUAUUACGAUGCUGAGAAGAUUGGUGUUGAUAGCUGAGUGAGAGCGAUGACUCGCCAUUAGACAGACCCUGCAAGGUUUAAAAUAGAAAUUCGCUGUUAGUCUUCUG